GAGGGGAAUUGUCACCAAGCGGACCGUUCUGAUUCCAGUCGUUGUUUCAGGCCGGACGUAUUUUUGAGGUGACACAGCCACCAUGGACGCCGUACCCGUGCGUGUUUUGGAGUACUUGACAGAAGUUGAGGAGGCAGCUGAGGAUGUUCUCACCACUAAGCAACAGAUAGUGGACCUGGACACAAAGAGAAACGGGAACAGAGAGGCCUUGAACGCACUGAAAAAUGAAAUGUCAGAUUCAGAGAAAGUGAAGGUAUGCUUCGGAAACAUGUUCAUCAAAUUUCCCAAAGCGAAGACGAGAGAGAUGAUCCAGAAAGACCAAGAGCAGCUGGACAAGGAGAUAAACGACCUCCGUACAGCACUGAAAGCGAAAGUCAACCGUCUAAAUGUGAUGCAAGGAAAACUUGAGCUGAGAGGCUACAAUCUUUCUCCUCUGUCCACCGAUGAAGUCCGAGCUAUUAACAGCCUUCUGAAGAGAUGACAUCGGAUCUGCUGACUGCGGAGAAGAGAACAUGUUGACAAGAUGCCGAAGAGCCUCUGAUCAGCUCAUGCUAGCUACGUUAGUCUACAUCUCCAUCACCUGCCUUUUUGGAUUUUUCUUUUUUAAUUGUUGUCAAAACAUUGUAUUCUUUGUCUCAAAUCUACAAAAAAAGACUCAAAAUGAAUACAGAAAGUGUAUUUUAGCCACUCCCUCGUUCCUCUCACAUGUUGAGGUUCGACUCCAACAUUGUUCAGCCAUCUAGAUGAGACGCUUCGCCAGAUGACCUGUAUUUUGUAAAAAGAGAUGUUCCGAUACCAUUUGUUCCUUCUUGAUACUGAUGCCUGAACUUGCGUAUCGGUCGAUGCGGAUACCGAUCUGACACCAGUGCGUUCAAAACCGAAAAAGUUAAACCGGUCAUAAAAUCAUACAAGAUGAAAACAUCUCCUUCACACAACUGAAUUUAUUCAAGUUUUAUUACAAAAAAACUACAUUUUACAAGAUUGCAUUUGAACACAUCAUGAUAGUAAUUUACCUUUGCCCGAUACUCUUUUUACUGAAUAGAGCCUGAACACACCACGACAUAACUUAAUGCAACCUGCGUUAGCGUUAGCUGUUAGCACACACAGGUGCUUAGACGAUCACACAGGUCGUAACCAAACUAGCACUUUAUUUGGCGGUAAAAAUGGAAUGUCGGUUGACUGCUCCCGUUUCUUGUCCAUUGGACCCGUUUUUAGGUCCAAUAAAACUCAACUUUGGUGAGUACAGCAUUGUAACCGAGGAAGAUAAGAUCUAAUAAACAGUUUUACUUUAAAUUCGGUCUUUUCAAGGUCUGGGGCUGUGGGCCUCCCCUCUGACUAAGCUCAGCCCCCCCCUUUACUUUACUGGAUUAGUCCCGCUGUAGUCCUAAAGGCCUACAGCAUCAGGAUCCCACAGACACUCAACCCAUUCAACCCAAAAUUUCUGUUUGACAUAACUUGAGACUAUGACCACGUGGUGGCGGUGUACAGCAGAAAGACAGAGCUUCUAACACGUGGUGUUGAUGAAGUGCUGCUUUAUGUAACCUGCACCACAAUCUGUUCUUGGUUUAAACUUGUGUUUUCUUGUGCAAAUGUUUAUGUUUUCUCAUUGUUCAACUAUUUUUUGCAGGUUUCUGUCCUUUAACUUUAUUUACUACCUCGUCUUAUACAUAAAUAAAUGAAAUAUGUUCAUGAUUUGGUGUUUUUUUGCCAGUGAGAGUUGCUCUCACUCAGUAUGAGUUUUUGGUUUUGGUUUUUUUCUGUCUCUGACUCAGACAUACCGUACAUCCUUAAUUACAAUGUGACAACCGGCUUGGGAAUAAACUGUAAGUAGGUGUAUUGUGUGUAAUUCCGUUGUGCAUGAGUAGACAUGGGCCGCCCCGGGCUGCAGCCAUCGAUACAGGAGGGGUGAGUGUGUGUGUUGCGGGGGUGGUGGAGGUGGUUUUG